GUUGGAGGAUUCCGUGGACGUGAAGGCUUUGUCAGUGGGAAGCCAAUGGAAGUGGGUCGCAUAUUCUUUACUUUUGAACUUUCUUGUGCCUCUGACUGCGAGUUUGUUUUUAUGGAAGCCUCUGCCAAAAAAGGUGUGACAGUACUACAGCGGUGGACAGGAGCUCAACCUCGUCAAUAUUAUACUUACCUAGUAACACGCAAUGACUCGUACACUUUCUCUUGGUCAUUUCAGAAGGUAUCAUGGGAAAAGAGCUACUUAAAAUCUGGGUCAUUACGUAUGUUCGAAACAGAUAUGGCAAAAGUGUAUAAUAUUAACGUGACAAACACCAUUGAUGGUGGUGCUUCUUCAUGUCUUCCAUGUCCACAGGCUCCAGCAGCAGCAGGGUGUAUUCCUUGCCCAGCAGGCCACUACAUAGAGAAUAACACAACUGAAUGCACCCGAUGCCCCUCCAACACUGUAGUGACAGACCCAUUACCUUAUGGUCGCCAGUCCUGCCUUCCCUGUGGCCCUGGACUAACUGCUCCAGACCAUCUCACAUGUAUCGUUGAGUGCCGUCUAACUGUGGAUAAUAGAACUUAUGACUUGACAAACAUUAGCAAUGCACGAGCCAUGAUGGGUAGCACACUCUUUACAUCAUCAGGCACCAAGUUCUUCCACAUGUUUAACAUCUCACUUUGUGGGAACACCAGUGUCACCUGUGCUAACAAUGUUUCUUACAACAUGGAAGGUGAAGUCCCUACUGUUAUAUCUCGGGUGUGCCGAUCUACCAUUGUACCAGGGAUGGAAGGGAUGACUGGAUCAGGAAGGAAUGGUGCAGUAGCCACACAAUCUGUUACCCUCGGUGACCACCUAGUUGGUGUUACAACAAACACUACACUCAUGGACAUUACUGUUAUAGAAGAAUUCCAGCAACCCAAUAAUUCAUUAAAACAUGACUUACACUUUUUCUAUACAACACCCUUUAGUGUGGUCCAUGGUGAGUGUGAAGGAGGUAAACAGAAAGUGCACUACAUUGCUCCCAAGAACUGUCGUGCCCCAGAUGCUAUUCCUGGUGGUCACUCUGCCUGUAGCACCAGACUUCCAUUCCUUGUUGAGGUAAUUGUUUUGAGCACAGUAAGCAUGGCCUUAAUGCUCUGUUUACUCCUUUUCUGUCUCUGGAAGAAGAACCAGCGCCUUGAAUACAAGUACAUGAAGUUGGUAGCCAGUGCUUCUUCAAAGGAUGGAAUGAUUGAACUGCCACCAGCAGAAUCAUGUGCUCUGGAUGACGGUGAAGAGGAGGAUGUACAGUUUACGCAGGCUCCUCCUCGGGGUAUCCUUAGCAAACUUAAACAUAGCAAAAUAGCACCAACUGAAGGGCGUGGCUUGCUGAUGAAGUCUAUGAUACUUUCUUCCAAAGAUCCCUUAACGUGAACUGUUGACUCACUGCUGCAAUGAAAAAUCUCCAUUUUUAAAGUUGAAAAACCUAUGAAGCAAAAAUUUCAAUUAUGUUUGAAGCCACAGUGAAACUAAAUGAAAGUAAAAAUUAUCUUGUGUUGUUUAUUACUUGGCAUUGUUAAACAUUAUAAUUUGUACAUACUAUACAAAUUUAGGUAAGGCUCUGGCAAAUAUUGAGGUAUUAUUUACUAAAUGUAAAUUAUAAUUUUGUUUAUUAUAAGGUAAAUACUGUAUAUAAAACUUAUAUUCUGUAAUACAAAUGUUGAAAAGUU